GCCCCCCCCCCCCCCCCCUCCGCGCGAUGGCGACCACCAUGUUCCGCGCCCCCCGGAUGGUGGCGGAGAGCGGCGCCUGGCUGGAGGGGCUGUCGAAGAGUGAGGCGGUGCAGAUGCUCGUCGUCCUGCCCUGGGCCGUGGUGAUCCUGUCCAUCCUCCUGCACGCGGCCCUCUACGCCACGCACCUCCGCUUCCACAGGCUAACCGUGGAGGUCGACUAUAUCGAGCGCGGCAUUCACAUGGUGUUGGCUGCUGCGUGCGGCCUGUACCUCCUGGUCGCCCUCCUCUGCGAGCGGGCCUGCUCCUGCUGCCGCAGGCAGGGCCCCAGGCGGCCCAAGGAGGGCUGGGCUGCGUUGGUGCCUCUCCUGAUGUGCGCGCUGUUCUCUGCGGCCUACGCGGUCAGCAGGCAUGCCGAGAACCUCAGCCAGAAGCGCUCGCGCUUCAUGUUCAUCCAGGGCUCCCUCCAGUUUCGCGCAGGU